UCUGGUAGGUCCACAAUGGUACAGACAGCAUCUUGCAGCACAAUGGUUGCAAGGUGGUGAACAGUGAUUCAGCAUCGGCGAACCUCGGCAGCGUCUCGCCUCUGAGAUUUUUCUCUUCCCCCGCCUCUUCUCUCCAUCGUCUUUAUUUUAGUGCUUUUUUAGAUUUUGGUUGUUGUUCACGGCCACACUCGCCAUCUUUAUGAGCCCUUCAGCCAUGGUCGCCGCACUGUGUCCCGUCGGGAUGUUUUGAGGAGAAGAAAAGGGAACCUGUCACCGGACUGGGAUCGUCAUCAGCUGGCACGGAAUGGUAUUUAUGAGCAGACAUUUCUUAUAUAACUGCAGCCAACCGAUCCUGGAUGUAAAGAUAGCCUUUUGUCAGGUGUGUGUUCCUUACAGGUAAAAAAGGGUUUUGGUAAACAAGUGGAUGUGUCAUAUAUCGCCCAGCAUUACAACAUGAGCAAGAGCAAAGUGGACAACCAGUUCUACAGUGUGGAAGUGGGAGACUCCACCUUCACAGUUUUAAAGCGUUACCAGAAUUUAAAGCCCAUCGGCUCUGGAGCUCAGGGAAUUGUCUGUGCGGGCUAUGACGCUGUUCUGGACAGAAAUGUGGCCAUCAAGAAGCUGAGCAGACCCUUCCAGAACCAGACCCAUGCCAAGCGGGCAUACCGGGAGUUGGUGCUCAUGAAAUGUGUCAAUCACAAAAAUAUUAUCAGUUUAUUAAAUGUCUUCACACCACAGAAAUCAUUAGAGGAUUUCCAGGAUGUGUACCUGGCGAUGGAGCUGAUGGACGCCAACUUGUGCCAGGUGAUUCAGAUGGAGCUCGACCAUGAGAGAAUGUCCUACCUGCUCUACCAGAUGCUGUGUGGUAUCAAACAUCUGCACUCAGCUGGCAUCAUUCACAGGGACCUUAAACCAAGCAAUAUAGUGGUGAAGUCCGACUGCACCCUGAAGAUCCUGGACUUUGGCCUGGCGAGGACUGCAGGCACGAGCUUCAUGAUGACCCCUUAUGUGGUGACUAGAUACUACAGAGCCCCAGAGGUUAUCCUGGGCAUGGGAUACAAAGAGAAUGUGGACAUAUGGUCGGUGGGGUGCAUUAUGGGAGAAAUGGUGCGCCACAAAAUCCUUUUCCCUGGUCGGGACUACAUCGACCAGUGGAACAAGGUGAUUGAGCAGCUGGGCACGCCCGCGCUGGAGUUCAUGAAGAAGCUCCAGCCCACAGUGAGGAACUACGUGGAGAACCGGCCAAAGUAUGCCGGCCUCACCUUUCCCAAGCUCUUCCCCGACUGCCUCUUCCCCGCUGACUCUGAGCACAACAAACUCAAAGCUAGCCAGGCCAGAGACCUGCUGUCUAAGAUGCUGAUCAUCGACCCCGCUAAGCGGAUAUCGGUGGACGAGGCCCUGCAGCACCCCUACAUCAACGUUUGGUACGACCCAGCCGAGGUGGAGGCGGCCAGAGAUCUCAUCCAAAUAUCCAUGCCUCCACCUCAGAUCUAUGACAAGCAGCUGGAUGAAAGAGAACACUCCAUUGAUGAAUGGAAAGAACUAAUCUACAAAGAGGUGAUGAACUUUGAGGAGAGAACAAAGAAUGGCGUAGUGAAGGGACAGCCUUCACCUUCAGGUGCAGCCGUGAACAGCAGCGAGAGCCUCCCUCCCUCCUCCUCGAUCAACGACAUCUCCUCCAUGUCCACCGACCAGACCCUGGCCUCAGACACCGACAGCAGCCUGGAGACCUCCGCAGGACCCCUGGGGUGUUGCAGGUGACUAGCCGCCUGCCUGCGCAACCCCGUGUUCUUCCGAAGGUGAAAGAGCACGAACCGAAAGUGAAAAUAUGGAAAAAGAAUUGAUAAAAAAAAAAAAGAGUAAAGAUCAAAAUGGAUAUAUUAAGAGCAAAAACAAGAGUUAUAUGGAUUCGGGAAACGAUGACAUCCAAGGCCUGUGCAUUGUCAUUCAAAAACAGCAGUGGUAUUUAAACUGAAGUAAACAAGCUGACAUAUAUGUUAAUGAUUCUCUAGUUGCUUUGCUUAUAUUACCCCAAAUAUCUUAUGUAUAUGGCAUCCAAACAAAAACGACCAAACGCUUCGACUGGCAUCUUCUGCAACGUGCACAUCGGCUGGCUGCUGGUCUCCCAACUCCUUCCAAAAGCAUUUACGCUCCAAUCAUUGUGGCAAGGUGGUUCUGCCCAUUUCGCUCAUCACCUCAGUACAAUACAAACUUCAUUCCCACCCCCCACCCCCCUUCUCCCACACAGUCCUUAUGUAAUGGCACCGCUGUAUUUUAACCUUGUCCCGUCACGACCCCCAAUGUAAGGUUGCCUGAAUUGCGUGUUUUUAAUGUGGUUACUCUGCAGGGAUAUAUCGUCACUCGCACCCAGAGCGAUGCUCCCUGUCAUACUUGUAAAUAAUGUAAUUCUGUACAGCGGAUGGGCACACAGAGUGGGACUGACGGCCAGUACACUGGGAGUUUUAAAUAUUCUUUUUUUUUUGGUUCCUGACUAGCGCACCUUGCCACAUCACCGCUCUCCACCUCAGUUGCCCCUGCCUAUUGCUGUAGUCCUGCAUGAUUAGAUUUUUUAAAACGAUGCUAAUCGCACUGUAUGCUAAAAAUGAGUCUGCGUAAAGACUUUUGUUAAUAUAUGAUGUAAACUAACUCAACUCCAGGCGUGGGGGGGUCUGGUCACAGGAUAGGUCGUGUGCGUGUGUGUGUGCGCGUGUGUGCGUGUGUCAGGGCUGCGUUCGGGACAAAAGGGUCAUUACACACUUGUUUUCGAUUGCGCUCAGAAUUCAUAUGAUUACCUUUUGAGGAGUCUGAUUUGUGUGUAAUGUCCCUUUUACUUCCCCCAAGGCAGUGUAUGAUUGGUCCCUCCACCACUCCCGCAUGUCAUUGUGUACCAUUAACCCCUCAUAGGCACAGGAGGUUGGUAUUAUUCCACCGUGGUGUCACCACACUCUUAUUAUUUGAAAUCUAUCGGAAACCUGGAACAUUUUUCAGAAGGAGACGCGAGCGAUGCAGUCGGUAGUUCAAAGGCGGCUGAUGAGUGUUAACCUCGUAGCAAUGACUUGUUUUUUCCUGCAAAGCAAACAUCCAUUCGUUUAUCGUACAUAAAAGAAACUGAAUAUGAAUAUAGAUCAAAUGGGGAACUGGAUAGAGGCCACCGAUCAGCUAUGUUUGACUUCUUGGCUGGAGGAUUUAUUUAUUUUUAUUUAUUUAGAUAGACGGAACCUGAACAUGGCAAGUGCCUUUUGGAGAGAAGCAGCUCACGUACAGAAAGUCUUUUCGUUAUUUUUUUGACUCUGCUUCUUCUUUUUCUGCCUUAAAUCUAUCGUAGUCCACAGACCACCAGGCGUUUGGUGGAAACAAAACAAAAACCCCUCGUGAAUCUCGUGUGCGGUUGCUUUCCUCCAAUCCAAUCCAAUGCUUACGCUAGUUUUUGUUCACAUUUUAGAUGACCUUUUUUUAGUUCCCAUGCAAAUUCCAUUAGACAAUAUAUUUUUCUGAAGCUGGGGCACCAACGCAUACACAAACACUUACAAGCAUUGUUUGCACUGAACUUUGCAAAGGCUUGGCGGCUGCACUGGGCUCCACUUAUACUGAGUCACCUCUGAUUGUGAAUAUCCGUAGUCUUUUAAAAGGGAAGAUGUACAACUGGAAUCAGCUAUACGCAAUGGUUGCAAUUAGGGUAUUGCUAUGGCUUUUCUCUUUGGUGCUUUAGAUAUAAAGUGCACUGCACUCCAACGGUCACUUUUGUGUUUACCGCAUUCAUCCUGAGAUCAAUGGGAAUAAGGGGAAGACAUUGUCAUUAUUUUGGUUCCCACCGCCGCAUUUCAUGCUUCUGUGACCUGUGUUUGAAUGGACAGAGCAAACAGUUCACUCCAUACUUCAGUGGCACAUGGUUUGCAUCAGAGAUUGGGCCGCCAGUUCUGUAGAGUUAUUACUUGACAAUCAGACAAACUGACAAGAAUGUUGUUGCACACCCAAUGGUUCUCACGGUCUCUUAAUGAAUCCGUCAAAACACCAUCUACACUAAUUAUGAACAUAUUUCCUAGUGAUCGAAAUCGCAUGGCUCAUAUAUCUACUGGUUAAGAGUAAAGGUUCAGUCCCCGUGGUGACGCGGUUGAGACCUCCUUCAGGACACGUGGUGACAUCACUGUUGAGGCGGUCAUUUCGUGUAUUUUUAUUUCCCAAAGGGAACGUUUGAUAGUCUGACCGCAAUCUCUGUAAUCUCGGCCCGAGCUGCCGCAGCACAGUGCUUCUCUCUCUCUCUCUCUCUCUCUCUUUCUUUAAACGUCUCCAGCAAAGCUUACAGAGCAAACUUCAAACGGCUACUUUGUUAACACUCAUUCUGCCCGUGGCUUGUGACGUGUACAGCGAACCCGCACACAGACUCAUACAGCAGCUUCACAGAGCGACGAGGGUAACUGAGGGCGUGCGUCUCCAGGCUCCGGCUCCGGCUCGGCUUUCUGUUCGGGGUCUGUGCGGGGGCGAUCUCUCAGAAACAGGGUGCAGCUUUUGAAAUUCUUUGUGCUUUUACAAACAAUUACGAUCAAUUUCUCACCAAAAAAGGGGGUCCAGUGUCUGAGUCGGCCCCCUGCACCACAAAUAGCCACAGGUUUUUUCUACAGGGCAUUUUAAACCAUCCCAAUGACACUCUUCUCUUUAGUAUCUCUUACAUGUUCUGGUCACUGUGUACAAAAAACUGACACAUAUAAUGUUUUCUUUCCCUCUUCUUUCUUUUUCUGAAUGUGAACUUUGAAUAUUUUUUUGUAUGACGUCCCUGCAGGCAAUGCUGUUGUAAUUUUAAAAAAAAGGGGCUUUAGAUCCUGUCUAAGUUGAGAUGAUUCGGACCCAGAAGUGGCCGGGUUGUCAGCACUGAAUGUAGAAAUGAAUGCUUUCACGAUUACGCACGCCAUUGCUGCUCUGCUCAUGUGUGUGUGUGUGUGUGUGUGGGUGUGUGUGUGUGUUUGCGACUUUAGAUUAACCAGCAUUCAAACUCAAACUGUCUGUAAUUGGAAGACGUGAUCUGGCACCUGGACAUGUUAUUUUACUAUAAAAAAUGUUUUCCAGACAAUUCAUUUUUUUCAUCGUGACUCAUCGCGAUCAUAACUUUUGUGCGAUUGGUUCAAAGAAUGUCGGUCAGUGCAGUCGCGUGUGCUGAAGUAGUUCAUGUAUGUAUUUAUGUUCAGCCACAUUAACGUAGAAUUAGCGACGUGUCAACGACAGUAGCAAACCUGUUCCUCAUUUUUUGUCACGGCGGACUCACAAUGGUCUCGUGCGGUUUCAGGAUUCAGCCAUUUAUUUGUGAUAUGAACACGACUGACUUGUCAUCCGGACACAAUGUCAUUGCCGAUGUAAAAUUUAGGGCACAUCUUGUACUCAGCUGUGCCAACAUUCAAAUCUUUGCACUUGGUACUUGUGACCCCCGUGCUUAUUGGAUUUCACCGCUUUUGUUCGAGUCACAUUGUAAAUAACAACAAUACAACAAGGCAAUAAACACUUCAUUGCACUCAAGACAGGGAGGCGAGCUACGAGCUAAGGGUCAGGUGAUGCCAAAACAGUUUGGUCCUUCAAGUGGAACUGUGCGACGACGAAACCCUGUAUAGCUCAUCCGAAUCAGGUGACGUUGUUCUGCGAUUCUUUAACGACUCCUUCUCCCUCUCUCUCGUUUUCUUUAACUCCGUGCUGUUUUAGCGAACCAUUCUUUUUUGACAUUGUCAGGUUAAUAAAAAAAAGAAAAAGAAAAGAAAUUGUAUCCGUUUCACGCUGAUCUCAAAGCUUCAGGCUAUGGCGUUUCAAAUAAAGUCGAAAACAAACGCAAAAGAAAAAGAAAUUCUGAGAGCUGUACCUGUAAACACAACAUUUUAAAGGAACUGUGUAUGUAAAAAUAGUAUAUGUAUGUGAUGGAAAAUAAACAAAACCUUUGAUCUUGGA